AUGGAAGAGAUGAAUGACACCACUGUGGCCGAGUUCUUUUUGCUGGGUUUUUCCCAAUUCCCAGUCAUUCAGGGGUUGGUCUUUUGGCUUUCCCUUUUAAUGUACCUGAUAGUCCUCCUGGGCAAUAGCUUCCUCAUUGUCAUUACCAUCGUGGAUUCCCGCCUUCACACCCCCAUGUACUUCUUUCUCAGAAACCUCUCUUUCCUGGACAUCUGUUACACAUCCUCCUCUAUUCCUCAAAUGCUGGUCAUUUUUAUAUCGAAGAGAAAAUCGAUUUCAUUCAUCGGCUGUGCACUACAGAUGUUUAUGUCCCUUGGCUUGGGGUCAACUGAAUGUAUACUCUUGGCAAUGAUGGCAUAUGACCGCUUCGUGGCCAUUUCCAGUCCCCUGCAAUACCCCGUCAUCAUGAACAAGGUUGUAUACAUGCAGAUGGCAUCCUGGUCCUGGAUUUUAGGCUGUUUAAACUCCCUAGUCCAAACUAGUCUUGUAAUGAUUUUGCCUUUCUGUGGAAAUCACACCAUCGAUCAUCUUACAUGUGAAAUCCUGGCAGUUCUGAAGCUUGUAUGUGCUGACAUCUCCCUCAAUGUAAAAAUCAUGACGUUGGCAUGUGUAAUUUUAUUGAUCGUACCAGUGCUGUUAAUUUUCAUCUCUUACAUUUUCAUCCUCUCCACCAUCCUGAGAAUGAAGUCUGCAGAGGGGAGGCUCAAAGCUUUUUCCACCUGCUCAGCCCACUUGACCGUGGUGAUCUUAUUCUAUGGUUCUGCUCUUUUCACCUACAUGAAGCCCAAGUCGAAAGACACACAGUCUUUGGAUGAAUUAAUUGGAUUGUCCUAUGGAGUGGUGAAUCCCAUGCUGAAUCCCAUCAUCUACAGUCUGAGGAACAAGGAGGUUAAAGAAGCCGUGAGAAAUGUGCUGAGCAGAAACCUGUUCCUUUGGAGAAGGCAAACAGCCUUCCCGGCUCUUCAUCGCCGGUCCCGUCCUUCGCCGCCCGGACCAGGAAAAAAAGUGGGGGAGACGGUCCUCCGCGUUCUCCUUGCUACGGCUUCUCAAGCCGCCGUAGGGGACAGAGAAUGGUGUCGGGAGGAAAAGAAAACCCUAGAGGAGAAACUCAGCGAGAGGGAGACGAAAUAUUUCUUCGUUGCAGCCCGAGGUCAGAAGGCAGCAGGCGGCCCUGUUGGAGCAGAAGUUGGCCCCCCGGGGGGCCAAGGAGUUACAGAAGCGGAGGAACCUCCCAGUGAAUGA